AGUGUCAACACUGCUGCUAGAGGAAAAAGUAUGGUGUCAAAGAGCACAUGGAUUUAGUGGAGAUGUACCUCCCUGAGUGUUUCACCUAUCACUCUGACACUGAGCUCCUGGGCAGGAUGUCUGUGAGGGGCUUGGACCACCCCUGUCCCCCCAUAAAGCGCGAGCCCUCCAGCCCCAGCCCCAGCUUCCAGGGGGACAGCCCAUCCCAACCCAGCCCUGAGGGCUCCUCCUCAGACACCAACUCCAGCUUUGGUCUCCUGGGCAAGAGUCACAACCACACCAACGGCUUGGACUCACCAGGGCUCUAUGGACACACAGCGGGCAUGGGGAACAAUGGCACAGCCAACAGGCGGUUUGGUGGUGAGGAUGGCCAGGUGAAGUGUGAGUUCUUGCUGGAUUCUGUGGCUAAGAGGCUGUGUCUGGUGUGUGGAGAUGUGGGGUCAGGGUACCACUACGGAGUGGCCUCCUGUGAGGCCUGCAAGGCUUUCUUCAAGAGGACCAUCCAGGGUAACAUCGAGUACAGCUGCCCGGCCACCAGUGAGUGUGAGAUCACCAAGCGGAGGAGGAAGUCGUGUCAGUCCUGUCGCUUCAUGAAGUGUCUCAACGUGGGCAUGAUGAGAGAAGGUGUGCGUCUGGACCGGGUCCGUGGGGGCAGACAGAAGUACAAGAGAAGGAUAGACUCUGAGAACAGCCCCUACCUCAACCCUCAACACGGCCUGCCACAGAAGAGAACAUUUCCUCUAGGUGGUCUGGUAGAGAAUAAGGUGGUCUCUCUCCUGCUGGUGGCUGAACCAGAGAGUAUCUUUGCCAUGCCGGACCCCACCGUCCCCGACAGUGACAUCAAAGCCCUGACCACACUGUGUGACCUUGCCGACCGCGAACUGGUUGUCAACAUCGGCUGGGCCAAACACAUCCCAGGUUUCCCCUCGCUCUCGCUGGCAGACCAGAUGAGUCUACUGCAGAGCGGAUGGAUGGAGAUUCUGAUCCUGCGUGUGGUGUUUCGCUCGCUGGCCUUGGAGGAUAAACUGGUGUAUGCUAAGGACUACAUCAUGGAUGAGGAGCAGUCCAAACUGGCAGGUGUACUGGACCUAAACAACACCAUACUGCAGCUGGUGAAGAAAUACAAAGCCAUGAGGAUUGAAAAGGAGGAGUUUGUUGUCCUCAAGGCCAUCUCACUGGCUAACUCAGACUCCAUGCAGAUAGAGGACGUAGAUGCAGUCCAGAGGCUCCAGGAUGUGCUCCAUGGGGCCCUGCAGGAUUACGAGAGUGCUCAGCACACGGAGGACCCUCGGCGGGCAGGCAAGCUCAUUAUGACCCUGCCCCUGCUCCGGCAGACGGCCGCCAGGGCUGUGCAGCACUUCUGCAGCAUCAAGCAGGACGGCCGUGUGCCCAUGCACAAACUGUUCCUGGAACUGCUGGAGGCCAGGGCCUGACCAGCCACGUGGGACUAGGAUCACAUAGAGGAAGGAUAGGGUAGUGAUAGGUCAAGAUUAAUGCAGGAAGUGGUACUGUGCUGGAAGAACAGAGUGAACAGCAAUGAGUGGACCUGAACGGAGCCAAAAUGGCUCCUCUGUGAAGUUCCAGUUGCUCUUCUAUUAAGUCAUUGUUGUCCGAUCCUUCUUUAUGUCAUUCUGGGACUGUUGUGAGUUUGACAAGGCUAAUAAACCCUGCUCGCCAUUACAAACUCAGGAGGAGAGGAGAGGAGGAAGGACUGACAUCACCUUAGUGACAGGGAUAGCUGCCUUAUGAGGGAUUUUGAUGGCAGUUAUUGAUAUAAACCUAAACAGUUCUAGUGAAAUGAAGAAAGACACCCAAAACUUGAAGAUCCUCUAGGAUUAUUAUUUGUGUGAAACCAGCUCUAAGCCUGUUCAUCUUGCAUUGUAGUGCUUUAAUAACUUUUCUUUUUUAUAUAAAACUAACUGUGGACAGGCUUGCCAAAGAACGGUGUGACACACAGUCAAAGGAUGCAGCAAGCGGUCACAAUAAUGUAUGGUGUCCUGUAAGGCACUCACCUAGCAUAAGUUAAGGAACUUGAUUUCAUUUAAAUACAUUAAGUACAUUUAACUCAAUGAUUAUGAAGGUGAGGGGAGAAAUUGAAAAAAGGCCUAGAUUCAAUCAGAUCAAGCAUUAACCGUGAUAGCAGACACCCGCAUAGCGGAGGUUUUGGCGGUGUCAGAGGUGGAACUGCAUUGGAGCCGUCAAAUCGGUGAGCAGCUGCUCUUCCGAUCAUUGUCACGAAGUCAAACCCACUAGCGUUAGAAGUUCAGAACGAAAACGUGUAGUAAGCUAUAUAGAAAGAAAUAAGAUCAAAUUGAAAAAUCAUUCAACUAAAUAAUGAGGAUUUAUAUCAUCCUAAUCGAGGUGUUGAACUUGUAAACAAGGCUGCAUGGGUUUUCUGAUAAUGUGACUCUGUGCAGCCAAUGGCAAUGUCGGAUUUAGGUAUAAUGCCGGGAGCCACUUGUGGAUUUCCACCUCCAACACCAUCAAAACAGCCGCUAUGCAGAUGUCAGCUAAAGCAGAUCUGAUUGAAUAGAGCCCUAAAAUGUAUUUAUUGUUGGCUUGAUUAUUUUUGUUUUUUAUUUACCAGUGUGGCAUUAACGAAGAAUAAUAAAGGAAUAAAUACAGAUCAUUUUCUAAAGAUGAAGUAAUUUUGUUUUAAUAAGUAAAUUAAACAUUUUGUACUAGCUUCACUACUUCACUCAUACCUGGCACUGAUACCUGUACUAUACCAUAGCAUCUACGGCAAUAUAAUAACGUGAUGUACAGUACUUGAUGACAUUGAACACAAUGCAUUUUUUGAUUAUAAAUUGUGCAAAUCACCUCUUCUCUUUCUUAUGAGGAAGAUCUGGUGGUGGUAUUUCAAACGUGUCUCUGUGUGUUUCUGUUUCAGAAAGUAGAAAUCUUGGAAAAUCAGAAAUGUUCAAAUGAAUGGAAACCAAAUCGGUAGGAAUGUGAAAACAGCUUUUAACUCACUGUACAUUACUGACAACUGUCAUGGAAUUAUCUCAGAAGUACUUUAUUUGCUCUAUCUGUGCGAAAUAAUCUGUAUAUUUUUGUGACAAAGUAUAUCAUAAAGUGUGAUCCAGCAAUACUGUGUGGAGGGGAUGUAAAUGUAUGUAUUCUGUAUAUAAAGUCCAGCGCAAACUGAGUUGUAACCCAUGUUCAGAUGAGAUGUACACUACUACUACCAUUCUCAGGAGGAUUCUAGGGCAAUAAAGAUGCUUCCAGUUCCA